AUGGCUUCCCAGUCGCAUCUACCAUCAUUUGACACGACGUUGGGCGCUAUUCUCAUAGGUUUUGCUCUGUCGUGCGCGGCUUUUGGGGCCAUUCUUGUGCAAACUUUCCAUUACUUCACGAGGUUUCCUUCGGAUAGGCUGGCCUAUAAAAUUAUUGUUGUUGUAUUAUUGGUGCUAGAGCUCUUGGAUGAAUUUUUCAUCGGCCACACUCUUUAUUUUUAUACUAUACUAAACUUCGCAAACGUUCUCGUUGUUCUCCGCGCGUCGAUGACAUGGUCUUUCAUUAUGCAGCAAUUGCUGGGAUCCAUCUGUGGCACUGUAGUCAGAGUGUGCUUUGCCUUACGUGUCUGGCGAUUUAGCAAACACAACUGGUUCAUUACGACAUCCUUGAUGCUAUUGAAUUCCGGUGUUCUGGGUACUGCGAUAGCUUUCAGUGUCAAGGCUUUUGCACUACCAAGCGUGUUCGCGGUAGCGGGACUUAGAGUCCUAGGAACGGUGGCGCUAGGCUUAGGUGUCGUUACCGACGUAUCGACUGCCGCAGCACUAUGUUACUUCCUCAAUAGAUUUCGUACAGGACAUGCAAGAUCCGACACACUUGUGAAUGGUCUUGUGAUAUACGCCAUCAACACGGGCGCGGUGACGAGUUUGAUCAGUACGGCUACUUUGACGUUGUACAACGUAAUGCCUGACAAUCUCAUCUUCAUAGCGGCGUACUUCCUUUUGAGCAAGCUGUACGCGAUUUCUUUUCUGGCGGCUUUGAACACACGCAAAGUUGUUCGUGGCCGGGGUACGACAGAUCGGAACACCAGUCAAAGCGGCUUUCCCUUUCAAGUGACCUCCCGGAUGCACGUCUCCGAGCCGACGUCGACUGAUGUGCAAACCAACUCGCACCACGCAGAGUUCAUGAAGAGGUGCAUGAACAUGAAGAGUGAUGAUUCUCUCGGGAACGGAGAAGUCAUUCCAAUGCACAAUAUUUUCCAUCACCAAGAGUAUGAUCUUCCAGGAAUGGCAGUUAUAUCCGGUGUCUGCAAGUCGCAAUAA